AAAACCUUCCGAUAAUAUUAUAUGCAGCUAAUGUGCUUGUUUGAUGUGUCUGAAUUAUAUCUAUUGGAGACAUCACUUAUAGCACUUUGAUGACUGGAGUUAAGUCUGUCCAACUCUUCCGUUAUUCCUAAGGAAGAUUUUUCCUAACCUUGUAGAAUGUAGCAUGAAGCGUGCAGCACUUUCUGUACACACACAGUUGAAAUGAUACAGGAAGUAGGCAAGGCCGCUGCUGCAAUUGUUGGCCUGGCCCUGAUAAGUGGAAUUGCUGUCCUUGUUCUGGUCUUCCUCAAGAAACUCGCCAAACCUGUUUGCUUCGCUUCCCUUACUCCAGUUGUGUUAGCUCUUCUGUCCACUGUGAUGAUUUUGGCAGCCAUUUUGAUCCUAAAGGACGAGCUGAAAACUGGAAUGACCUUCGGAGAUACGGCAAUCUAUGGCUACAUCGCCACGGGUUCUGCUUUCCUGUCAACAGUCAUGUAUUCCGUGGCAGCAGUCUUCAUCAUUAAAUCUGCGCUUACAGUCUCCAAAACAACCCCGCUGGAGGUCAUCGAAAAGCCAGAAAAGGAGAACACAACACUCAAAGAAAAUAUUUAAGCGUUUUACUUGCAGACUUUAAAUAAGGCGUGUUGUAUACAAGAAUAUAGAAGAGUUCACUUUGGGUUAUUAGUGGACACUUCUGAUUAAGAACUGUGUAUACAUAUAUGUAUUUUGAUGAUCACACAAUGUCAAUCAUCACAAAUUCUUUGGUUUGAUAUCGUAACAAUUUUAUAUACCAUUAUUGUUAAUUUCGAUCUCAAUCAUUUACUUUUAAAUUGAUCACUAAUUGAAGUUUUCAGACUGAGAUAAUCUCGUGUUAAGGUUUGCCCCCUCUGUUGUGACCAGAGCUACGUCAUAUAUACAAACGCCUUAAGCUAUGGAGAUCGACUAUUAUUUUACAUACGUCCAAAUCCGUCCUUAAUUCCCAUCUAUUUACAUGUAUCCUUACACUGGCUACAUGUGAUUCUAAAAAAAAAAAAAGCUGUCCAAGAGGUAAUACAAUGUUGUACAAAUACACAAUGAAGCAGGGAUCACUCGUUACUUCAUAACCCCCUAUUCUCUUUAGAGAAGUCGAGAGGCAUUGCCUUCAUGAAGGUUAUGCCUCUUGACUUCUCUAAAGAGAAUACAUAGCCCCCGCCUGCCUGUCUAGAACUCACUAUUUAGUUCUUGCUUUGUACGGGGUGUCUAUAUCUCAACACAGGUCCAAAUAUAAACAAAGGUCAGACAUUGUUUCCCUACAUGCUUCUCAAAAAUAUAUGUUGUUAAUUGUUGAGUAUGUAACUGUCUU